AUGUCGGACGCUCACCCUGGUCACAGCUCCAAGCGAAAGAGCCGAGAUGGUGCAGAUGACAUUCAUCCACGGAAAAAGCACCAGCGACACACUGACAGCCGUGCAAAGGCUCGCUUGUCUGAAGACUCGGGUAGCGAUGUCGAUCAGGGUGUGUCCAGACCGGGCAAGAGCUCCAAAGGCGACUCUGCGCCUAGAAACGAGAACGAAUACCCUUCAGUCAAUGAGUUGAAGAGUCGCAUUCGAGGUGUAAAGCGUUUACUCAACAAAAAUUUGCCUGCAGAUGCGCGCAUUGUGCAGGAACGUGCGUUGGCGGGUUACGAGCAGGAUCUUGCAGACGAGCUGGCGCGACGGGAACGAUCCAAUAUGAUCAAGAAAUAUCACUUUGUCAGGUUUCUGGAUCGCAAGACGGCGACCAAGCAACUCAAGCGCCUCGAACGCCGUCUCAAGGAAAAAGACCUCGACGCCGACCAAAAAAAAGCAUUGGAGCAAAAGAUUCAUGUCGCCCGCGUCAACUUUAACUAUACGAUCUACUAUCCCCUCACCGAGAAAUACCUAUCGCUCUACCCUAAAUCACAACCUGAGACCUUCGCCGAGGGCGACCAGAAACCGGACUCGGACGCCGAAUCCAAACACCAAGAUAAGCUUCCCGAAGGCCAGCGACCGCCCAUGUGGGCAGUCGUCGAGAAAUGCAUGGCAGAUGGCAAACUCGACGAUCUUCGGGAAGGCAAAUUAAACAUUGGCCCCGACGGCCAGCAAAACUCCACAUCUGCGAAAAAGGUCGUCGUCCAGAAAUAUGAAAAGAAAGCCAAGGGCCAGAAGCCCACCAAGGAGCCCAAGAUGCAGGACAAAUACCAACCCCCAUCGGCUGACCUGGAAAAUCUCAACCGGAGACAGCGCCGAAAGGAAUUGCAAAAGGCCCGCGAGUUGGCUGCUCAAAAGGUCGCGGAAGCAGAUGGCGAUGACGGAUUCUUCGAAAUCUAA